GUGAAACCUGGAAACUUGUCAAACGCGCGAUCUAUCCUUGCCUGUAAUUUGGGCUAUAAUUCGCGCUGUCAGUUUAAUACUUGAAGGUUUUUGGUGGCAUUAGAUACGUCUUUACAUAUCACAUAAAGUGAAAUGGUGAAUAAAGAUUCUUCGGAAAAAGAUUCGAGUGAGAAAAAACGGCGAAAGGGCAGCAGUGGUGAUUCUAGUUCGGGUGGAAAGCAGAACAAGGAAGAUGCGUACGAGAAUGUCAUACGACACGAAGAGCAGGAGGCGCAUCGUCGAUCAGCUGAUAAGGAUAAAACCAUGUUCUAUCAGACAUGUUCUGAAUUGAAAAAAAUAUUCGAAGAAAUCGCCGCACUUAAAAAAGAUAAUACCGAAAAGAGUAAUCAGGAAAUCAUCGAAAAACGUAUACAAGGUUCAUUGAUUUUUGUGGCUUUAAAAAAGCUAAACCGGUUAGAUAAAAUUCGACUGCGAGCAGGUCGCGAUGCUUUGCACAAAGAAAAAUUACGAGUAGACAGCAAUCGUUUACAGUUACAAAAUUUGUUGUAUGAGGCAAAUCAUCUGAAACGCGAGGUGCAACGUUGUUACCAAUUCAAAAGCCAAGAUGAAGAGAUUGAUUUGGUUUCGGAGGAAGAAUUUUACAAAAAUGCACCAGAAUCGAUAUCGCGACCACAAAAAACAAAAAGCGAUGAACAUGCGAGGCGCUUGGCGCGCCUAGAUUGGGAGCUGCACGAACGUAAAGAGCUGUCAGCGCUUUGCAAAAAGUUAUCAAUUGCAAAGCAGGAUGCAUCGAAGGAUAUAGGUUUGAAAGCUGAGCGUUUGAACUCCUUAGCGCCUUGUCUAGAAGCGCUGCUUAAAGCAACAAGACCAUUGCAAAUUGCUCUUGAAAUGGACAUAGAAAAAGAAUGGGAAGUACAAAAAUCAGCACGACUUUUGUCACGUCCUCUUUAUCUGGUUUACGCAAAUGUAUCAGCCUAUGCAGAAGCUUGCGAUAGUAGUAUUACUACAACUAUAGAGGGAGACGAAGACGAAGCGAAGAUUUUGGAUGAUGAAGACAAAUGUGAUGAUCGGGACGAUGACGAUAAUCAAGAAUCGGAUAAUGAAGAUUUGGAACCAGGCAAUCGGAAAGUCCAUCAUAAAAGGUAUUCGAAAAACGAAACUAUUGAAAUUCGAAGGAAGAACUUGCUGAAGCCGCAUCCGUUAAGUGUAUCUUUAACAAUUAAUAAGGAUUCACCUCAUGGCCAAAUAAUAAUAACACUUCGAUAUUUUCCCGGCCUGGGAUUUGUUACAGCGAAACCGACAAUUGAAAUCAAUAACACAGGAGUAGCAGCAGGGGAAGUCAUUUCAACGGAGAAUAUACUGAGUUGCAUUUAUGCAGAUGAUUUUGGGGAAAACAGUCCGAAUCCAAAGACAAAGUAUCAGAUCGACGAAUAUCAUAUGAAUGAAGCUGAACUUCUUGCCUAUUUAAAUGAACAAAAUUUCGGUAAACCUUAUAAGUGGGCACAGCGAUUCUGCGGAAUAGAUUUUGUGCCAGAUAAACCGUCUACAAGUCGAUCUUCAUUUUUCUCAGACACAGUGUCUUAUGAAUUAGCGCAAGAAUCAGUUCCGUCGAUUGUGAAACAUUUGAAAUCUCGGUGGCAGGCUCGAUUGGGACUAUACAAGCAAAUCUAUGCAUUGGAAAAUAAGAAUAUUGAUCUUUCGUCUGAUGUAAUCGAUGUUGCUCCUGCUAGAAUUUCAAGUAGCCUUGUGCAAUGGUUAUCAACUACCUGGGAAGAAUAUAGCAGUAGUUUAUCAACACAACGAUUCAUCGAAGAAAAUUUGGUUACAUCGCACGAUUUAUUCUACCGAGCCGUAAUUACACGGGGAUCAGCUAAAUUGGAAUGCCUCGUUUGCAUCUCGUCGGAUUUCCCAAAUACAACUCCAAUAUGGAAUUUAAACUUAUGUUGGAAUGGAAAACAUAAUGCAAUUAACAACGCAGCGAUACGAGAAAUGGAACAUUGGGUCAACUCAAUAUCCACUGCCAAGACAAAGUCGUGUAUUUUAUCUGCUCAACUGAGGCGAGCUAUGUCGGGUUUUGAUAUAUUUUUGGAAACAGAAGGUCCCUUUUAUAGUCCAGCCGAAUUUACACAGGAUAAAACGUUUUUGAAAGCAUUCCGUGGGCGACAGCGUUCACGUCCGUACAAAAUUGUACAAAAUGGUAGUAAUGUAAUUUAUAAGCAAAUUUGAUUGUACAAAUCGAUCUAAAAUUAUGAAAUAAAAAAGAUUAGGGCUA